AUGCCUUAUGCUCUAAAGCGUCUAUUCAUUGGAAAUAAUGAAGAAUGUGAGCAUUUUAGGAAAUUAUCUCGUACCUAUAACAAUAACAUAUCUUUCACUUUAUUUGCUGCAAAGUAUGAUCCAAAAUUGACAAGGAAUACAAGGGGAGUAUAUACCUUUCAUGUCCAGAGGCAGGUUUAUCAUUUUCUGAAUAGUUUAUCACAGUCUGAUGAUAGACCCUGUGGAAUCCACCUCUACUUUUUUGAUAUCGAUGAAGAGUUAAUCAGGCGAGUCGCUGCUUCGGACAAGCUUCGCGAGAGCACUUUGAAGCUUUUGAUGGACAUACUUUCUAAUAAUCCUUAUGCUAGAUUCUUUAAGGACCUAAGCGAUGUCCCGGAUCUUGAAAAGCAUAGUGUUGUCCUUAACUGCUUUCCUGGCCUUGACCAGUGCAUUUAUAAUCUUCCUUCUGCUUCUCAAGUCGCUGCUAUAUGGACUGAAAAUGAUGAUGAAUCAUUCGAUAAACAACCGCAUAUUCUCGUAUAUAGCUGGUCCAGCAUUAUUAUGCUUGUUGUGAUCCUUUACAAUAUCCUCUCUUAUUUCCUCGUGGUGAAUCUAGAUGGCACCAUGGAAUUAAGCGAGCCUAUAAAAGAAAAUGAACUGAUCAUUCCUUUGAUGAAGAGAUUUUUUUCAUUUCCUAUAGCUGCUGAUCAUGGAAAGAAGGAUGAGUAUACUGUAUCGGCUAGAGAGUAUUACUGCUAUAGGUUCCAGAUCAGGAAGAAUGACGAAUCCAUGCUAUUGCAUACUCUUAGAUUGCUGCAGCAAUUUUCAGUUGAUUCCUGUGUAAAAAUUGAAAUAUCACACCUGGAUUUUCAGCGCAAGAGGCAAAAUGAUAUUCGGACAGAAAUCCUUGAAGGAGUGCUAGAUAGUGUUUCCAUUGGUCAGAGUGAAGGCUCAAAAGUUGGUCGAAGGGUGAUAUUACUGGCUUCUUUUAUCGGUGGCCCAAGAGAUAUGAGGCGACGAUAUCUUGAUACAAUGGCAUUGGUACAAAAAUAUGGAAAGCCGGAUAUUUUUCUGACCAUGACAUGUAAUCCGAUGUGGAAAGAAAUUCAAGAUAAUCUGCAAUUUAAAGAAAAACCUCAGGAUAGGCCAGAUCUUUUGUCUAAAGUGUUUAGAGCAAAAUUUGAAAUGCUUAAAGCUGAACUUUUAGACAAGAAAAUUUUUGGAGAAGCCGCUGCAUGCGCUUAUGUUAUUGAAUUCUAA